GCAAGCUGGAUCACGAAGUGGUGGAGAGCAUCCUCUACACAGCCACGGGGGAGAAUGGGGAAACUGGGGAGGAGGUGGAUUUCGAAAGCUUCUGCGUGGCCUGCCGCCUGGUUUCGCAGAUGCAAGAACUCGGCACCUUUGCGUCCAUUGCAGACGUCCCGGGCAAGCCUCCCUACUUCGAGGAGGCAGUAGGGGCAGAGCAGACCCCGACUGGCGAGUUUGACUUCGAAGGGGUUGCCCUGGGCAUCAACACAGGUGCAGCGGAACCGACAAGCAUUCCGACAGGGGUGCUGGAUGUGGAUGCCCCGAUAGGAGGUACCCAGGCACACCACGAGUCGUCUCGCGGCACCAGCGACACUUUCUCUCAGAGGUUUGCCGGCAGCUCUGCUGCCAUGGAAACGAUCCUCAGUGCGGCGCAGCCUUCCGAUCCCAGGCUGGUCCGCCUGGAAGGCGAGCUGGUGAAGUCCAGGAAGGAAGUCGAAGUCUACCUGGGUGAAAAGGCUCGAUUGGAGGCUGACCUCCACAAGGCGGUCAGCGACGGAAAGCCAGACGUGGUGGACACCUUAAUUCGUUCCCGGGCGGAUCCCACACAGCUCGACAAAUUUGGUCGGACGGCUCUGUUUGCAGCAGUCUUGAAUGCACGAACGUUGGCCCAUGGCCCCUCUCUUGAUGAUUCCCGCCGUUGCAUCGACAUCCUCCUCAAGUCCGGAUGCCGAUGUGAUUCGGUGGACAAGGACGGCUUUGACAUUCGGAAUCACCUGCAGCAGCUACUGGAUUCCGUAGACAUACACCGCUGCAACAUUCCAAAGCUCUUCCUCCCCCUAGACACUGUGCACGAUGGCGUGCCGACGUGCACGAAGACACCACAGGAGGUGGUGGCGUUGUGGAGAACCAGCAAACCCUGCGAUGUUCUUCGACUCCUCCACGAGGUGUUGAGCCAGCCGAAGCCGGAGGAGGUCUUGACGACCUUGGAGCAGCUUCAAGACUUCGCAGCGGGCGCUGGGCUCCCCGACCCGCUGACGGGGCGAAGCUCCCUGCAUCUGGCGGCGCUCUAUGGCCACCAGGAGGCUGUGGCGAUUUUGCUGCGACACAGGUGUGACCCGUUGAAGACCGACAUCCUUGGCAGAACAGCCCUGCAUGUUGCAGCAGCGCGAGGGCAUGUGGAAUGCAGCAGAGCCAUUCUCCGGCAUUCGUUCCAGGACGGUGGCGCCAGGGCCCUCCUCGCAAAGGAGGACGUCUUUGGCGACACACCUUUGAUCGCAGCGGAGAAGAACGCACAGCACGACGUGGCCUCCAUCCUCGAGGAUGCGGAGACCCCGCGCCUCUGGAUGUUGUGUGAAGAGGAAGAGCAGCGAAAAGAUGAAGAAGACGCGAAGGAAAAGAUGCUCCUUGCCAAGCUCGAUGAGGUGUCUUUGACUCUGCAGCACCUCGCCGCCUGCCAUACUCGGGCCGAGGAGGAGCAGAACUUGAAGGAGGAGAGGCUGUUGAUGAGAAUCCAGGCGACGAAGACAGAAAUGGCGACGAAGACAGAGACACUGGCCAAAGCUUUGGAGGGCAAGAUCGGCAAGGAGGAGGAGAAUGCCAAAAUGUUCAGCCAGCUGGUGGCUUCCCAACAGGCCCUCAAGGAGGAGCUUGCCUCUGUGGCGCAGGCGACGAAGGUCGAGAUGGCCACGAAGAGCGAGAUGAGGGCCCUGGCCAAAACUUUGCAGGGCAGGAUCGGCAAGGAGGAGGAGCACGCCAAAAUGUUCAGCCAGCUGGUGGCUUCCCAACAGGCCCUCAAGGAGGAGCUUGCCUCUGUGGCGCAGGCGACGAAGGUCGAGAUGGCCACGAAGAGCGAGAUGAGGGCCCUGGCCAAAGCUUUGCAGGGCAAGAUCGGCAAGGAGGAGGAGAAUGCCAAAAUGCUCAGCCAGCUGGUGGCUUCCCAAGAGGCCCUCAAGGAGGUGACGAACCAUGAGCUGGAGGGCAAGCUGCAGUCCUUCCAGUUGCAGGUGCAGGAGAAGCAACUGGAGCUUGAGACCGUGGCGCAGGCCUUGGAGUCGAAGGUGGAAGGUCUACAGAAGCAGGUGAAAGAAAAGCAGCAAGAGCUCACGAGCAUGUCGCACAGCUUGAAGGAAGAGCGGGCCAGACGAAUGGACGAGUUCCAAGAAGCGCAGCGCUCGCACGAGCAGGACCUCAAGCGCUUGAGGAAAGACCUGGAGGAAGCCAAGAUCCACAUCGAUGGCCUCGAAUCGAAGCUCCUUGCUGCCCAAAGCAAGGCAAGCGACAAAGAGUGCGAGCUCAAAGAAUCUUCGUCCACGUUGCAGAGACUGCAGGCCAGAAACCGCGAGCUUGAGUCCAAACUGCAGUCCUCGAAGGUACAGGUGCACGAGCAGCAAACGGAGCUUGCUACGGUGACGCAGGCGCGUGAGGCGUUGCAGUCAAAGGUGGAAGCCUUGCAGAUGCAGAUGAAAGAAAGCCAAGACGAGCUCACGGACAUGGCGAACGACUUCAAG